AUGGAUGUUUGGGGACCUCAUAAGGUACCUACAUAUGACAGAAAGCUUUAUUUUGUCACAAUAGUAGAUGAUUACAGCAGGUUUACUUGGGUGUGCCUAAUACAGUCUAAAUGUGAAGUAGUUACUGUGAUUAAAAACUUUCUUGCAAUGAUAAAGACUCAAUUUGAAGCUACUGUGAAGAUUGUUAGGUCAGAUAAUGACUCUACAGAGGACUUAUUUGCUUCACCUCCAGUUGUGGAAGAAACUAGACAUCAACCACAAGCUCCUAUAAUUACAACUUCACCUCAGAGCAUACAAGUGCCAGUUAAUGCAAAUGGCACCACAGAGGUGGAGACUCCUGAUAUGAACUUGGUCACAGACCAUGCAGAAUGUAGUGAUAAUCAUAAAUCUUCAGAUGAUCUAGAUCCAGCCACAGUUCAUGCAGAGUCUGAUGUGCAGCAUGAGAUCCCAGCAGAUACUUCAGCAAAUGAGAAUCCCUUUCCUAUCAUCUUGGAACCAGAAGUUGAGACAAGCAUAGAAGAGGCAAGAUCGGAAGAUGUACACUCACAGCUACCAUCUAUAGAGGGACAGAUUAAGAAAUCUAAUCAACAAGGAAAGGGAAGGCCUCCUGUAUGGCUUAACGACUACAUCACUAAGGCCAAGGCACAUACAAAUACUAUAUACUCUAUCUUUGAUGUUCUCUCCUAUGAUCAUCUAUCUCCUGCCUACCAGUCAUUCCUCAAUGUUUUUUCAGUUUUAACUGAACCUCAAUCUUUCAAGGAAGCUGCUCAUGAUCCAAGGUGGAUAGAAACCAUGGAUCAAGAAAUUAGAGCACUUGAAGAAAACCAUACCUGA